CUGCUCCGUCUCUCAAUUUAUUUUGUCAACCUCUAGGUCGAAGGACAUGAACUCGCAGACAUGUUUUCUCUUCCACUGUUGAUCAUCUGCAUCACAAAACUCAACGCCUCUUCUGGAAACUACCGCAUGCGUGCCAUGGCCUGAGUCCACGUGACCAAGCGUGUGCGCGAGACCGAGGUUUGGUUGGAGUUCGAGUGGAAAUCAAUAACGGACAAAAUUGUUUUGAAAAUUCGGGGCAGGGAGGGAGCGGAACGGAACAUAAUUCACAGCGCACACAUUACAAUAAUAUGUAAAUAAAAUACAUUACAGUUACCCGUCGAGUUUUUACAAGUAUGUUUAUAAGCCACGAGAGUAGGUGGGUAAUGGCCCGAACCAGCAUUUGAUGUAGGCUGGAAGGAAAAGAAAGAGAACACGAAAGCUGUUGGUGCCGAGUGGAGGAAGCUGCAGGGUUCGACGUCUUCGUACCUCGGAAUUGGUUAAUCGCUGAUGUUUUGGUUUGACAAAAGCAACAUUCGUUUGUUAACAAAGGAACUAACCGUCUUUAAAUACGUAUCUAAAUGUUUAUAUUUCGAAAAAUCCAUUUGUGGUAUACAUUUUAAGAAAACAUCUUUUACGAGGAGGAAGUAGAACGGAUCUGCUCAGAUUUGAAAAAAUGACAUUCGGUUAACAAAAAUAAAAUUGUAUUUACGGAGCGUUAUCGUUUGCUCAUUUAAUUUAGGGGGCGAGGUGGGAAAACCGAAUGUGAUAUCAGGCUACGACGAAGGAGAUCACCGAUAAAGUAGAUUUUGUACAUUCAGCAAGGUAAAUGAUUUACCCAAACAAUUCGAAAUGUACUGAAACCGAUUAACUCCUGAGAGACUGGGGCAACAGGAAAAAAAAUGUAAAGAUCGGCGAGAUUAAUCACUAUGAACAUCGUGUGGCAAAAUAGUAGUCAUAUCAGCUUUCAAUUUACUGAAGACCGCAACUUACAAAACCGGUUUGCAUACGGAGGAGUGAAAAGGGGUGUGUGAAACAAUAAGCAGCUGCCCCAGGAGUCUCUAUACCCCCUGUCUUAGAAACACUAAAAAAUUAUAACAGGUUUUUGCGCACCUAGUAGAGCUUCAAUUUUUCGCAACUCUUGUUUCCAACAUUGUCUCCACGUAACUUGCUCAGGUCCACUUUUGCCCAAUAACUUCAGAAGAUAAUAUAUACCAAGACUUAUAUAUUUAGAACGACAGCAGUGACAUUGGGAUACAACAAAGUUGUUUUUUUUGGCAGUGGAGCUCAGUGGGAGGCGCGUUUGAAACCUGCUUGGAAUUUCUAUGUGAUUCUGCCACUCGGUGCAUGUGACAGGAAAACGUUUGCUUCCUGUUUGCUGGUUCGUCUAGUGGUACAAUUUACUCUGCGUGUCCUUUCUGGAGGAACUUUUUACACCAUUCAGAAGUAUUGAAAUAUUAUUAUCCAAAUGCUAAUGUUUUUAUGUAUUUAAUGUUUAAAAAGAUAAAAAUGAAACUGAGCAGACAGUUCACACUAUUUGGAAGUGCCAUAUUCUGCGUGGUGAUAUUUUCCUUGUACUUAAUGCUCGACCAUGUUCCAUUCGAUCACCCAAAGAAUGUGAAGAAAGGAGGGCUAUUUCCAAAUGCACAGCUUUCAAUUCUGCAUGAAAAAAUUGACCAUCUAGAGCAUCUAUUAGCUGAAAACAAUGAAAUCAUUUCAAACAUCAGGGAUUCCGUUAUUAAUUUGAGCGAAUCUGUGAAAGAUAACCAAGGGGACCAUGAAAAUUCAAAUUCAAGUAAAGGAUUUUUCUCUGAAGUCUUUGGAUCUUCCUCUUCCAUUAUUUCAAUUGAAGCCGAAGAUUGUCAGUUUGCCUCGAAGGGGUAUGCAAAAGGGUCAAAUUUGCAACUGUUGGAUAUCUACAACAUUCUACCUUUUGACAAUCCAGAUGGUGGAGUUUGGAAACAGGGCUUUGACAUCACGUACAAUGAAAAUGAAUGGGAUGAUGAGAAACUGCAAGUCUUUGUUGUACCCCAUUCACACAAUGAUCCUGGUUGGCUGAAAACAUUUGAUGAAUACUACAGCGAUCAGACCCAGCAUAUCCUAAACAACAUGGUAGUGAAGUUACAAGAGGAUGCUCGCAGGAGAUUCAUCUGGUCUGAGAUUUCAUACUUUUCAAAGUGGUGGAGCACUAUAGAUAGCCAGAAGAAAGAUGCUGUCAAAAGACUUUGUGAACUAGGUCAAUUUGAAAUAACAACAGGUGGCUGGGUCAUGACUGAUGAGGCUAAUACGCAUAUUUACGCAAUGAUUGACCAGUUGCUUGAAGGACAUCAAUGGCUGGAGAGAAAUUUAGGAAUAAAGCCUAGAUCAGGAUGGGCCAUUGAUCCGUUUGGGCACACACCAACUAUGGCAUACCUGUUAAAACGAACAGGUAUUUCAAAUAUGCUAAUUCAAAGAGUCCACUAUUCUGUGAAGAAAUACUUGGCUAAACAAAGGGACUUGGAAUUCUUUUGGAGACAGAAUUGGGAUCAGAAUGGAAACACUGACAUUUUAUGUCACAUGAUGCCAUUUUACAGCUACGAUGUUCCUCAUACAUGUGGCCCUGAUCCUAAAAUAUGCUGUCAGUUUGACUUCAAACGUCUACCUGGUGGCCGAAUUAGCUGCCCUUGGAGAAUACCUCCAGUUGAAAUACAUGAUGGCAAUGUUCAAGAAAGAGCCAAACUCAUCUUAGACCAAUAUAGAAAAAAGUCCAAACUUUACCGCACCAAAGUGGUCUUGAUUCCCCUGGGAGAUGAUUUUCGUUAUGACCAGUGGUCAGAAUGGGAUCAACAGUUUCAAAAUUAUCAGAGGCUUUUUGAUUAUAUGAACACCCAUCCAGAGCUGCAUGUGAAGGCUCAGUUUGGAACAUUGUCAGAUUAUUUUGAUGCUCUCCAUAAAACUACUGAAUCAGGAAAUGCACCAUCACCGUUUCCUAUUCUGAGUGGGGACUUCUUUACCUAUGCAGACAGAGAUGACCAUUACUGGAGUGGAUAUUUUACCUCCCGACCCUUCUAUAAGCGAAUGGACAGAGUUUUAGAAUCACACCUGAGGGCAGCAGAAAUCCUUUACUCUUUAGCAUUGGUGGGUGCUCAGCAAUCCAAUAAAAUGACAAUGUUCCCUUCAUCUGAAGAUUAUAAACUGCUCACAGAAGCAAGACGAAACCUUGGCCUGUUCCAGCAUCAUGACGCAAUUACUGGAACCGCUAAAGAGUGGGUCGUCAUGGAUUAUGGGACCAGACUAUUUCAUUCAGUAAUGAACUUGAAAAAAGUAAUAGGUGACUCAGCACAUUUUCUAAUUUUAAAAGACAAAGAAAAUUACAAGCAUAUCCCUUCAAUGCCUUUUCUUCAAAUGGAUGAUAGUCAAGCCUCGCAAGACUCAUUACCUCAAAGAACAACUAUUGAAUUAAGCGUAACACCCAGGUUCCUUGUCCUUUAUAACCCAACAGACCAGGACCGCAUUUCUGUUGUAACAGUGCAAGUAAAUUCUCACAAAGUAAGAGUGCUGACUGGUUCAGGGCAGCCAGUGGAAGCCCAAAUUAGUGCAGUCUGGGACAGAUCCACUACAAUUUCUAAAGACCUAUUCCAGAUUUCCUUUGUGGCACAUGUAUCAGCGCUGGGAUUGGGGCUCUACCAGUUAGUGGAGGCUCCAGAUAUCAAACCUAUGCUCACUGAUUACACUGUAUACCUAAAUGGAAGGGAAGAAACAAGCGUGGAGAGUCCUUUCAAGAUUGACACGCUGAAAAGCUACACUGGUGACAUCACUAUUGAAAAUCUAAAUUUGAAGGCUUGGUUUUCAGGAACUAAAGGUUUCUUAAAGAAAAUAAACAUCAAGGAGAAUCAGAGUGAACAUCAGAUAAAUAUUCAGUUUUGGUGGUAUGGAACCACAAGUAACCGGGAUAAGAGUGGUGCCUAUCUCUUCUUGCCUGAUGGAGAAGCUAAGCCAUAUAUUCCUUCAGAACCUCCUAUCUUGAGAAUAGCUCGUGGCCGACUUUUUUCAGAGGUACUAUGUAUCUACCAACACUUCACGCACUCAGUACGACUCAAUAAUGUGCAUGGAGUUGAUGGGCUGUCAUUGGAAAUCUCUAAUAUUGUCGAUAUUAGGAGGGAAAUAAAUCAAGAAAUUGUCAUGAGGCUGACCACAGAUGUCAAAAGCAACAAUCAAUUCUACACUGAUCUGAAUGAUUUCCAGAUCCAGCCAAGACAGACGUUAAGCAAAUUGCCCCUUCAAGCUAAUUUUUAUCCUCUGACGACAACAGCAUAUAUUCAAGACAAUGAUGUUCGCUUGACCUUGCACUCAGCUCAGUCUUUGGGAGUUGCAAGUCUAAAGAGUGGUCAGCUGGAGGUUAUAUUGGAUCGCAGACUAAUGCAAGAUGAUAACCGUGGUCUUGGCCAAGGACUCAAGGACAAUAAAAUCACAGCCAAUUUGUUCAGAGUUUUGUUGGAGAAACGAAUUGGAGUAGAUGUGCAUGAUGAAAGUAAUAAGGCAGUGAAUUAUCGUUCAUUGUUGAGCCACAAAGUAUGUUCCUACUUGAAUCAUCCAAUAUUUCCAAUGGUUGUGAAUCUGAAUGUUGAUGGAGUUCCUCCACUACUGAAACUAUACAGUCCUCUUACAUUAUCCAUGCCAUGUGAUAUGAGCAUACUUAACCUAAGAACUGUAGAAGGAAAGGUUGAUGGGAUUCCAUCAGAUGAAGCGGCCUUGAUCAUCCACAGAAAGGGUUUUGAUUGUCGAUUUUUAAAUAAAAAUACUGGGCUAUUUUGUUCUACUACUCAAGGCAAGAUUCGUGUGCACAGUCUCUUCAGAGACUUAAGAAUUCAACACCUAAUACCAUCAACCUUGACUUUAAUGCACAAAACACAAAAUGACAAUACUACCAGAGAUAUAGAACUGAAUCCAAUGGAGAUAAGUACAUUCAGAAUUAAGUUAAGAUGACCCUGUAACCUACUGAGAUUGUCUAAUGAGCUGUUUGAAGAUCUUAUUGUACAUGUUGUUGAAUUACAAUAACUGCAAGAACAUGAAAAGAAAUUUUUAUGCCGAAGGUGGAAAACUAUUUUCAUUUAAUUUUGUGAAAAAUUUGUAAAGUUCUAAAAGCGUAAAAAUAUUUCAGGCAACAAUAAAAAUGAAAUGGGAACAAACUGCUUAUAAUGUAAUUCCAGGUAUAAUUUAUCUUCCAAAAAAGCCAUAAUUUAAUGUAUUUUAAGUUAGGCAAUGUCUAAAGGACAUUCUCACAUGUGAGAUGUUGGAUUUGUUCAGAAAGUGAAAGCUCAUAAGCACAAAAUCUGAAAUUCUGGAUUUAUGAGAUCAUGAAUAAAAGCCAAGUUAAUGCCUGAAAUGAUAAGAAAGUUUGGAAUUUACACUGGAAUGUUUUUGAAUAUGAGACUCAGACUUUUUUGAGCUGUUCGGAAUUCUGUCUUUUAUAUUUGGAUGGGGUAAGUGCAAUGCUUCAGCAGUCAUUUGUAAUGAUAAACCAACUACAACCUGUACAUGAACAACCAACGAGAAUAUUUGUUUGUUAGUACAAGACAUAUUUUCUGCGGGCCACAUUAUCCGAAAAGAUGAUCUGUACAAAAGUUGUCACUUGAGAUCUGUGCCUUACAACAAUAUUACAGAUUAUAUCUGUUGUACUGUUCUCUUUUCCAAUAUUUUAUAAACCAGUCUCCAAGUGGGAUGUUUUGUACCUUAAAAUUUGGGUUUCAUCAGAAGAAAAGUUGAAAGUACGUACAGAUGUGGAAGGUCAUUCAACUCUUGUUACAUCAGCUUCCUAUAAAUCUUUUGAAGCCCUUUUAUCAUGAGCAUUUAACUAUCUCCUCUCCUGGUUCAACCAACCUAACUACAAAUCCAUUUACUGCUUUUGUUGCUGAAAUCAGUCUAAAUUUUUGUUUUACCGAUUUGACCUUAAAAUCCUUCCUCUGUUAUUUUAUACUUCACAUUCUUCUACAAGUUAUCUUUUCAGUCCAUUUUGAAGACAGAAGAAUUCUAGUUUAUCCAGUCAUCCCCAUUACGAUCCGAUAAUGCUAGGGAUGUAUCAUCUCUGCAUUACCAAUAAACUUGAAUAUUUAACUUGUAUCUCAGUAAUCAAAAUACUAAAAAAGAAAUCACAUUAUCUAAUUUGGCUGAGUGCAUAUACAAAUCAUUUUAAAUAAGCUAUGAAUCAUUAUCUGAUGAAGGGCUUAUGCCCGCAAAAUCGAUUCUCCUGCUCCUCGGAUGCUACCUGACCUGCUGUGCUCUCCCAGCAACACACCCUCGACUAUGAAUCAUUAUCUAUAUGAUAUAUCUUCUCAUCUUUUACUUUCCAUUUCCAGUGACCAUUUGAAUGUAUUAAUGUGAAAUAAUAAGGUUGAAAAGAGAAAGUGCUAUUGAUUCAUCAUAUUCUCAGUAAAGCCAAAGCAAGUGCAUGUAUUAGAAAAUUUUGCAUGAAAUUGUACUGAGUGGCCCUUUUGAGUUUUGUUACUUGCAUGAUCUUGCCUAAUGCAAUACCAGAAGAAUUUUUUAUAUUCAUGUUACUUAUCUAACGAUCCUCUAACAUCGCCAAGCAAUGAUUGUACAUGGUCUUUUCUCCUCCAAAUGGAGCAGUUGUACAUUUGCAUUUGUAUCUCGCUGAAACUACCUGUACCAACACUUGCUAAUGUUAGAGCUAGUAAUUAUGUUCUGCACCAAAAUAAUAAUAAAAGAUGGCUAGUUUGUAUAAUGUUGUGUAAUAAAAAAUUCCAGUUCCCCCCCCCCACAGUGUGUUUUAAAGCUCGACUCCAUCCUGUCCCCCUUAGUUCAGGCACUUCCCACUUACAUCAGUGACACCAACCACGCCCUUCAUAUCUUGAACAACUUCCAGUUCCCUGGCCCACAGCACCUUUUAGAAUUCAACUAACCUCCUUCCCCAUCCCCUGACUCCCUUAUCAGCCCCUUCCCCUCCCUGCCAGUGCUCCCCGCCACCAAUCAGAUUCAUUCUUCCCAUUGACCAACCAGGUUGUACCCUCUAUCUGUCUUCACUUAUCCCCACUUCACCACCUUGCCCCCGCUUCCCCUUUUAUCUGUAGCUCCCACCACACCCAUUCCCAUUAAUGAAGAAGAGUUACACCAGAAACAUUGACUUCUGAUGCUGCCUGGUUUGCUGUAUUUUUCCAGCCUCAUGCAUGUCUACUUUGGAUUCCAGCAUCUGCAGUUUUUUGUCUCUAACCAAGUUGAUGUAAUUGACCAUUUUGCUUGAAGAAGUAGUGUGGAAAAAGAAAGAAAAUUGAUCAUUUUAAUGUGGCUUAAUCUUUGUGUUAUUCAUGUGAAAUUGAAUAUUCUGAAUGUUAUUUUUCUUUGCCUUCCUUUUGCAUGUGUAUUUCAUUUACUCUGUUGUGUUUUUGAUGCAUUGUUUUGAUUUGUGAGUUCUAUAUAAUUUUAGAAUUGUGAAUGAAAUUUAUCACUCACAGUCAUAGCAUUUUUUCUUUUAUAAUAGAUAUUGAUAUCACCUUGUAAAAAUAGUCAAUGAUAAUUUUCAAAAUAUUGUUUCAUAAUUUUGAUUAACACAAUCUACUAAUCAGUGGUUUAUGAACAAUCAGCCUAGCAGUCACAUUGUAUAUUGGUUAAACUAAAUUUUGAACUCCGUGAAAACAGAUCUCAACAUAACUUUAAACAAUUUUUAAUACAGCCACGUUCUAUAGAUUUAGGACAAUACUGCAUUUAAAAAAAAAUUGUCAAGAAAAUUUCAGCUCUCAGUUAUUUUAAACUGUUAAAAUACAGUUGAAUUAUUAAAGAUCCAUAUUUAAUUCAAUAAAACAAUAUUGUAAAUAAACAGCAAACUUCAAAGUCUCAUAUGGCUAUGAGGAUUUCAGUGCAUGCUAGUGAAAGGACUAAAUUGAUUUAAAGUAAUUUCUUUCAAUGAAUAAAUUUAGUUAUUUUUUAUACUAAAUACACCAAAAGCUCUGACCUGAGGGUGCAAAUUAAAAAUUAAAUUUAGAUUGAAGUGCUGUUUAAGCACAUUAAUAUUGUGUUGAGUACUUAUAAAUUAUACCAAAUUGUGUUGAGCACUUAUAAAUUAAAUCAAAUAUUUUUAAUUUAGAAUGAAUGAUUUAUUAUAUAUAGUUCUGGAAAGUAGUUUAUUUGCCAUUUUUUUAAUUGAUCAAGUCUGGUUGGAUGAAUAGGUUCACCUAACUGAAAUGCUGUGUAGUUUGGAAUCCCAUAAAUUGUUUCAUUAAAAUCAACAGUGAUUGUUACGUUUGUUUUAUAAUACACAGUCUAGUAGGAGUAUUUUCUGCUAUGAAUAGCAAUCAAAAUUUGAGUUUUCAAAAGGUACAUGAUCAACUUGUGACAAUGAACAUAUUUUAUUCAAAAAGGUUGUGUAGUCAUAGAGAGGACAGUGUAAUUUUAAUACAUCCUUUGCUGAUUUACAUUGCUACGUCUUAAAAAUCUUGUCAGUUUAAAAUUUACAUUUCAGUUAUUUCAUGUUAUACAUUUUUGUGAUAAGGCACAUAUUAUUAUUCAACUUUUUGAACUUUUCGUAGGAAAGUGUUCUAUCAAAUAAAAUGAAAUUCUGUCUUGUAUGUGUUUGUCUUUUAAUACAAGAUUUAGUGUUAAUGUACAUUGCCUCUUACUAUUGCAAAUUGAUUCAAAGUACUUCACCCCUUGCAAUGACUGCCAGGCAGAAAGAAAAUGAGUCUGUCUAAUAUUGCCACACGAAACCAUAAUUCUGUUGCUAUGCAUUCAAAGUGUUAUUGUUGAUCAUUUGUUGUUUGAUGAUUUGACUGUAAAUGAUAACACUUAACUGCAACGGAUAGAUUCAGCUAUUUUGUAUCUUGAAUGGACAAUCUUAUGAUUUUAAAGAAAUAAACUUACAAGGUCC